CUGGUGCUGCUGCAUGCGCAUCCUGGCAGAGGGAGAGCCUCCUCGGGAGACCAUGCCCAGCGGCGGCCCCCCUGCGCCCACCUUCCCAGUUGAAGCCCCAUUGAAGGCGGGGAAAGGGGGAAGCAGCAGCAUCAGCAGCAGCAGGCGGCGGAGAUGGAGCCCAAGCCUUUGUUCUGCAUGCAGAAGGCGCUGGUGCAGCCCUUCCAGAUGUGCAUGCUGGACAUCCCCCUCAGCCUCCAGCACAGCGAGGAGGAAUACUAUGGCUCCGCGCAGGAGAUUGGGGAGGAGGUGGAGGACGGCGUGGUCUACAGCAUCUCCCUGCGCAAGGUGCAGCUCCACCACAUGGCCAACAAGGGGCAGCGCUGGCUGGGGUUUGAGAACGAGUCGGCCCUGAACCUCUACGAGACGUGCAAAGUGCGGACCAUCAAGGCCGGGACCCUGGAGCGGCUGGUGGAGUACCUGGUCUCGGCCUUCAAGGGCAACGACUCCACCUACGUCACCAUCUUCCUCUGCACCUACCGCGCCUUUGCCACCACCAAGCAGGUGCUCGACCUCCUCCUCCACAGGUUUGGGAAGCUUCGCUGCCAGAGCCACGGGGAGCACCACGCCCGUCAUGCGGUGGACGAGAGGCUGGAGCUGAAGAACACCAUCUCCUCCAUCCUGGGGGCCUGGCUGGACCAGUACUCAGAGGACUUCCGCAAGCCCCCCGACUUCGCCUGCCUCAAGCAGCUCAUCGUCUACGUGCGGCUCAACCUCCCCGGCUCUGACUUGGAGCGUCGUGCAAGGGUCCUCUUUGCCCAGUUCCAGCACCAGGAGCCGCGCCCCGAAGGGCUGGACCAGCGCCCGGAGGGAGAAGGGCCGGAAGAGGAGGGCGAUGGCGGCGCUCCGGCCGACUUCCUCAGCUUCCCCCCGGAGAUGGUGGCCGAGCAGUUCACGCUGAUGGACGCCGAGCUCUUCAAGAGGGUGGUUCCCUACCACUGCCUGGGCUGCAUCUGGUCCCAGCGCGACAAGAAGGGCAAGGAGCACCUGGCGCCCUCCAUCCGCGCCACCGUCUCCCAGUUCAACCGCGUGGCCAACUGUGUCAUCGCCACCUGCCUGGGCGACCGGGCCCUCCGGCCACAGCAGAGGGCCAGGGUGCUGGAGCGCUGGGUCGAGGUCGCCCGCGAAUGCCGGAUCCUGAAGAACUUCUCCUCCCUGAGAGCCAUCCUGUCGGCCCUGCAGAGCAACGCCAUCCACCGGCUGAAGAAGACCUGGGACGACGUCUCGCGCGAGAGCUUCCGCACCUUCCACGAGCUGUCGGAGAUCUUUUCGGACGAGAACAACCACUCUCUGAGCCGGGAGCUGCUCAUCAAGGAGGGGACUUCCAAGUUUGCCACGCUGGAGAUCAACCCCAAGCGGGCCCAGAAGCGGCAGCAGCAGCAGCGGGAGAUGGGGGUCAUGCAGGGCACCAUCCCUUACCUGGGCACCUUCCUGACGGACCUGGUGAUGCUGGACACGGCCGUGAAGGACUACCUGGAGGGCGGGUUAAUCAACUUUGAGAAAAGGAGGAAGGAGUUCGAGGUCAUUGCGCAGAUCAAGCUGCUCCAGUCGGCCUGCAACAACUACAACUUCACCCGGGAGGACCGCUUUGUGGCCUGGUUCCACUCGGUGGAGCGGCUGAGCGAGGCAGAGAGCUACAGCCUCUCCUGCGAGAUCGAGCCCCUCUCGGAGUCGGCCAGCAACACCCUCAAGGCCAGGAAGAACCCCGGGAUCAUCAAGCGCUGGAGCGACCGCCAGCCGCCCUCGGCGGAGCCCUGUCCGGGGGGCAGCUCCCACUCCAAGUCCUUUGAGCAGCUCAAGUGCGGACCCUACCUCUGCGGAGGAGGAGGAGGAGGAGGAGGCGGCAGUGGCGGCGGGGGGGACACGGCCGACUCCGCCAGCGUCACGUCCGCCGGGUCCAGCAGCUCCGACGUGGAGGAGACGGCCGUGGGGCUGGCCCCCGACUCCCCCGAGGGGCAGGAGAGGAAGGUACGGGCCAGCGGCAGCGGCAGCGGCGAGUGCGGCAGUGGAGGCGGCAGUGGCAGUGGCAGUGGCGGAGCCCCGGGCCUUCCUCGGGCCACGGAGGGCAGGCGGCAGUUCUGGGAGUCCACGUCGCUCUCCUCGCUGGACACCUCGGGCAUCGGGUCGGGCUCCAGCAGCAGCAGCAGCGCGGCCUCCUCCUCCUCGGUCUCCUCGGCCUCGCGCAGCCACAAGCGCUCGGCCUCCUCGGGCCUCUCGCCCGGCUACUCCUCGCUCUCGCUGCCCCUCUACAACCAGCAAGUGGACGACUGCUGCAUCAUCCGCGUCAGCCUCGCCGUGGAGAACGGGAACAUGUACAAGAGCAUCCUGGUGACCAGCCAGGACAAGACCCCGGUGGUGAUCCAGAAGGCCAUGGUCAAGCACAACCUGGACGCCGACCGCCCCGAGGACUACGAGCUCAUCCAGGUCAUCUCCGAGGAGCGAGAGCUCAAGAUCCCAGACAACGCCAACGUCUUCUACGCCAUGAACUCAGCCGCCAACUACGACUUUGUCCUCAAGAAGAGGGGCUUCUCGCGGGCCUCUGCCGCUGCCGCCAAACUCAAGCACGGCUCCAGCUCCACUCUGCCACGGAUGAAGCAGAAGGGCCUCAAGAUCGCCAAGGGCAUCUUCUGA